GUUUGCGACAGCGUAAGAUGCGGGCACGCGAGAAUCGACAGAACACAGAGGAUCAGCGCAGCAUUGUGGGCAGCAUUGGCUAUAUUGCCGGCAACAUGGGCUACAUGGAGGGCAAUCUGAGUGCAAUAGAUUAUUCGUAUGGCGGCGCCACCACUCAUUAUCCACUCUGGAAGCCACCAAGCGGCUAUUUUCCGCGCGGAGAGGCCCCACCGCCCUAUGAAGAAGCCGUGGCCAUAUCUCAGGCGGAGGCAUUGAGCGCUCAGUGCACCGUUACACUGCCUAGCCAUGUCCAGCGUCAGGCUUUGGCCAGCGUCAGCCAGCAGCAGCAGCAGCUUCAGCAGCAACACCAACAGCAACAGCAACAAUUGCAGCAGCAGCAGCAAUUGCAACAGCAGCAUUUGCAACAACACACGCUACAGUUGCACACUCAACCCCAACAGCAUCCACAUCCACAUGCAUAUGCGCAGCAGAUGGUGCCUGUUACUGCGUCGCAUUCCCAUGCGCAUCAGUUGAGCGCCGCUGCUGCAGCUGCUGCUGCACAGUCCAAUCAAUACACACAGAGCACUACAAAUCUGAUUAAUAUAAAUAUCAACAGCGGCGGCGUUACCACAAUUGCCACUGGCGAGAAUCAUCAGCCGCCUUAUAGCUUACAAAGCGAGCAACAGCAGCAGCAGCUGCAGCAGCAACAGUUGCAACAGCAGCAGCAGCACCAGCUGCAACAGCAGCAACAACAACAACAGCUGCAGCAGCAACAUCAGCUCAGCCUGGAGCAGCAGCAUCAGCAGCAACUGCAGCAAUUGUCGGGGCCAGCGCCAGCGGCCAACAAUUCGAUUUGUGUGCAGACCCUGCCCACGCCCAAGCCCAGUGUUAGCAGCGAGUGCAGCUAUAAGAACUGUCAUCUUAAUAUAAGCGCCAGUGUAACCACAGCUGCCACAACUGGCAGCGCUUCCAGCUCCCUGGCCUAUGCAGCGGCGCGUCGCACGCCGCGCGGCUCACAGGAGCUACUGCACCAGCAACAGCCACAGCAGCAACAGCAGCAGCAACAGCAGCAAUAUCUCACUGUAACCGACGUGGAGAUCAAUGCGAGUGCCAGUGCAGCUAGCUAUCAUUCAUUGCCCGCCACAAGCGAGAUGCUGGCCACGCCCACACACCAUCUUACACAGCAGCAGCAACAUCAACAGCAGCAACAAUUGCUGGCAGCAGCAUUGUCCACAACCGCCAUAGACAUGUUGCCGCCAAUGGAAAUAGCGACCAUAAGCACAGCAGCACACAGCACAUCCAGCAGCAGCGGCAAAGCAGAUUCGGUUACUCAAACGCUGCCUCUGCCUCACCAGCAGCAGCAGCAGCAGCAGCAGCAGCAACAGCAACAGCAACAGCAGCAGCAGGGCAGCAAAACGCCCUCUAGUUCGCGUCGCUAUCAUCGCACCAUACCGCGCUAUUUUGCCAUGGCUGAUCCACUGCAGGUGGUCACCGUCAAGCCAAAAUCCAGUUCCAGCUCCAGCGGCAGCGCCAGCUCUAGCUCCACGGACAAGGCCACAAAGAAGCCCAUGUGCCAGUGCCCCAUACAGCAUGUGCCGAUGUCCUAUAUGGGCAGCAAUGCCAAUGCCAAUGCAAAUGCAUUUCUUAACGGUGCCGGCAAACUGUUUGCCUCAACUGGCAACAAUGCCUGCGCCCUGUCACCCAGCGCCAGUACACGACACGCCGCCACGCUGGCCUAUGGCCAACGCGCCAAGUCUACAACGAAUCUGCAGCAGCAGCAGCAGCAGUACGGCCAUGAGCUCAUUGGGAGCGGCAGCGGUACGCGCAAUCCCAGCGCUCAGGAGCCCAAAAUUGCCACUAUUUCGAAGCAGGUGGGCGAUGAACUGCAGCCACAUCCUUCGCACACUUCGAGCAGUGUCUCGGCUAUAAUACCGCCGCCGCCGCUGCCGCAUCACGAGGAUGUCAGUGCGCCGCCAAUUGUGCUCGGCCGUGUUCAGAAGCGUUCCAGUAGCUCGAGCAGCUCUGCCGAACGUACACGCAGCAGCAGCGGGGGCGGACGCAGUGCCUCCAGCAGUGGUGCGGCUGCUGCUGCUACCCAGACCGGCGUCGAUGUGCUCUCCAGCGCCUAUUUGAAUCGAAAGGUUGAUGCCUACUUGAAUCUAACGCAGAAACAACAGCAACAUUUUUAUAACCAGCAAGAACAACAACAACAACAACAACAGCAGCAGCAGCAGCACAGCUCGAUCAACGAUCAAAGCAAUCCAACUUUACCACCGAAACUCUACAAAAGCCAAACGAAUUUAAAAACAGCGACAACAACAGCAACAACUGCCACCAGCAGCUGCAGCAGCAGCAGCGGGGGCGGUGGUAGCGGCAGCAACAACAAUGCGGUGGCCACUAUUUAUACGCUAAGCAAAUCGACAAUUAGUAGCGCGUAUCAGCGUAAGGAGCAAACGGCAACUUUGACGCUGCCCCCGACCAGUCCCUCGUCCAGCUGUGGCGAGAAGACGAACAGCAAGAUCAACUCGAGCACAUUUUAUCCGCUGGCCAACAACCAUGUGACCUAUACGCUGCCCAAGCACAUAAGCGGCAAGAUCUCGCUGAACAGCACCAUCAAUAGCGUGGUCAGCAAAGUGCCCUCGGUGAUCAGCAUACCGCCGGUGGAGAACAACAAUGAGAAGGCAACGACGACUGGUAAAAGCACCACACUGCCAAAGAUAUUGCGGGUAAAACGCGACAGCGAAAGGAGCUCACCGGCAGCAGCGAUCACGGGUGCAACGGCAGCAACUAGCAGCAGCUUGGCCAUUGCCCAUUGCCAGAUGCCCAGCUAUCCGCAGCUGGUGGCCAAGGUGCAGAGUGGGCGCAGUGGCACGCCCAGCAAACAGCUGCCUGUGUGCACCACAUCGAAGAACUGUAUGAAUCCAAACGAGCAUUUCUUGCCCAACGACACCAGCUUGGACGACGACUAUCUAAGCGAGUGCGAAAACUGCAAGAUCGCACAGAAUGCCAAAUAUUAUCUAAACGCGGAGCUGAGCGGUGUUGGGGGUAAUGCGCUAACACCGCAAGAAACCAUGACGCUGCAACGCAAAUCUCUGGAGGAGACCAAUGAGGAGCCACACGACAGCUACUAUCGCAGCUCGCAUACGCUGCCCAGCAAUGCCAAAAAGCAUGGUGUCAGCAAAAACAACAAUCGCGAGGCGUGGCAAUUCUCGACGAUACCCGCGGCCAGUUCAUCGGAUGAGGAUGUCAACGAAUGAGAUUUGAGCCAUUUUCUUUAAGAUGCCACACCCAAAUCCAAAUGCCAAAAUGUGCAUCCUAAAGAAAACGCAGGCUUCUAAUUCUAUAUCCAACCGAAAAGGCAUAUACAAGCAACUAGAUAAAACCCGAAUAAAAAAUACUACUAAAUAUAUUUGUAAAAGAUUACGUUCUAAAAUUAGGUAUAUAUACUUAUAAUAUAUAUGUACUUUCAUAUUGCUCAAGCAACAUGAACAUAUGCAUGAUAACCAGCAUUGGAAUGUAAAA